UCGUUCAGGCAAUCUAACAGUCUGCCUAAAUCCUGCUUCACAAGGCGGAGCUAGGGGGCCUUUAAUCUCUCUUUCCGCCGUACCCGCCAUCUUGUAGAGACCCGGGUUAUCAGGCAUCAUGACGAACACCAGAGGCAAGAGGAGGGGGACCAGGUACAUGUUCAGCAGGCCCUUCCGCAAACAUGGCCCAAUCCCUCUGUCCACAUACAUGCGCAUCUACAGGAAAGGAGACAUCGUAGACAUCAAGGGCACAGGUACCAUCCAGAAGGGGAUGCCUCAUAAAUGCUACCACGGCAAAACAGGACGCGUCUACAACGUGACGCAGCAUGCUGUCGGCAUCAUUGUCAACAAGCAGGUCAAAGGCAAGAUCCUGGCCAAACGGAUCAACGUGCGCAUCGAGCACGUGAAGCAUUCGAAGAGCAGGGACAGCUUCCUGCAGCGCGUCAAGGAGAACGAGCGCAAAAAGCUGGAGGCCAAGCAGAAAGGAACCUGGGUGGAGCUGAAACGCCAGCCCGCCCCGCCCCGCGAGGCUCACUUUGUCAGCACCAAGAAGAACGAGCCCCAGCUGCUGGAGCCCAUCCCCUACGAGUUCAUGGCGUAAAGUGCUCCGAUUAAUAAAGAUGUUUGUACACACAC